CUUCGUCCGAGCAAAUAUCUUACCUUGACUGUGCUCUGCCCUGCCACCGUUCGUUUUCUGCCUUCGCCCGUCGAGUACCCUCCCGCCCCGCCGCCUGAUGAUGCUGCCGCCCUAGAUUCCACACGCAAUCCCGUCACGAUUCACACAAUAAGCGCAGCCUGACUCGGUCGCGACUGCCUCUUGCGUUCCGCUUACCCGUCGCCGCCUAAUCCCCAUUCCGCGACACAACCCCCAACACGUGCACACAAGCCUCGAUGAACGCAGCGCGGCAGGCCUGUCGCCCCAAGCACCAGGUCCUGGUCCUCAAGUGCUACCCCAAGGUGCAGAAGAACGAUGUCGAGGUCAAGGCCAACUCGAGUGAGUUGAGCUAUCUGCUGUACUAUGCGAGCACGCGACGGAGCAAGCUGCAGAAGGUCGGCGACUUCCUGGACAAGCGGGCGACCAAGGAUGUGUGGAAGGGCAGUAUUGGCAGCGUCCAGGUCACGCUGCAGAUAGUAAGGGCCCUCGUCGAGAAAUGCCCGCGCGACCUGCCCCUCUACGCCGGCGCCGUGCUGCGCAUCCUGCGGACCAUCCUCAACUCCAACGACGUGACCAUGGUCGAGGAGUCUGUGCCGGCCUUCGAGGCGCUGUGCGCACACCAGGAACCCGCCGCCCUCGCCGCAGACCAGGACUACAUCAAGCAGUACGAGGAGAUUGUGCAGCUGUACGCCCAGUUCGCCUCCAAGAGCCCCCCGCAGACUGCCAAGGCCCCCACCAGCUGGCCCGUCGCAAUCCGCUACCGCAAAGCUGGGCUGCAGGCGUUGAAGGCAGUCGCCUCGUCGGAAUCGCUUGGAUCCGAGACAGGCCGUCAGUUGGCUGUCCUGAUACCCGUCAUCCUCACCAACAUAUACUCGGAAAACGGGACAUACUUGAAGCGCCUGGAGAACCGCGACGCCGACAACGACGAGCACGAGAAGGAGCUGGCAUUGCGGCGGCGACAGAGCGCCUCGACGGCGCGCACAGACGACGAGGACGGUGGGGAUCCAAUCGCUGCAUCAGGGACGACCGAAGAUGCAGACAAGCUCGCAGAAGAAAAGGUUGGCGUUGUUGCCCUCCAGGCGCUGCGUAACAUCUUCCAGGGCGGCAACAGAGGACAGCUCCGACUCGGGACAUCUAUUGUUCUCAACUUCAUCGGUACUCAUGUGAAGUCCCCCCCGCCAUCUACGGAACACGGCAGCGCAAACUGGGCGACCAGGCUCAUGGCUAUGAUCUGCGCAUGGGCGCCAGUGCAAGACCGCUAUGCUAUCAUGGUCGGCGCAGUCGAAGCUCUCGUCAAAAGCCCAAUCGUCGAGGACGACAUGGAACGGCAGUUGGGUCUCGCAACCAUUAUUGAUUACCUUCUCAGCUCCACUAUCAACUUCAUCGGACUCAGUGUUAUGGACGUGCUGGUUGGUCUUAUUUCUCACACAUUGUUGCUUCUACAGCUUGGUGGACCUGGGUCGACGAUACAGCCGCAUACUCAACAGACCACCUCGGUCUCGGAGAAGGGCUUGAAUGGUGCAGGAGCUGCGAACAGUCUGUCGGGUGUCGUCAUGGAGGUUGUCAAGGAAGUGUCGCAUGUGCGAGUGCAGCUCCUAAGUACGGUACAAAAGUGUAUGGCUGAUCUGGCAACACAUGUAUACUACACCGAUCAGAUCUCCGACAUGGUGGACGCGAUUCUCAGCCGUCUGAAACCUUCUCGGCUGUCUAGCGUCUCUUCAACGGCGGAUGCAAUUGAGAACCCAGCAGAAACGGUUGAUGCGGUUGCAGCUUCAGGUAGCUUGCAAGAGAAGAAUUCUGUUGAUCGUUUCUUUUCCUUUGAAACGGCUCGCAUCGCAGCUCUCGAGGCCGUCAAGGCCAUCAUCACCACUGCAAACGCACGGAGACCGGAUGGAUCAAAGGCAACUGUCUCGCGCAGCAAAGUUGGCGUAAGCGUAUGGGAAGGCACGCAAUGGCUUCUGCGUGACCCUAGCGGGCAGGUCAGGAAAGCAUACGUCGAUGCGCUUGUUACCUGGCUCAACCUCGAGAAGGAGCAGGAAGAUUUGAAGAUUGUGGACAACUACAGGAGAAAAGAGAAGGAGAAUGAAAAGGGGGGAUUGGCGAAACGAGCUGCGUCCAACGCGUCGCAGCGCGAAAGGCCACACCGGAAGACGGGGAAAGACACGUUCUUGCCGCUCCUUCAUCUGGCCGUGUAUGAGAACGCGCUUCACUACGUUGAUUCCGAGUCUGAUCUUCUGCUACUACACCUCCUCCUCACGACCUUGACGGAUAGACUCGGUGUCAACACUGUACGAACUGGCCUACCGAUGAUCAUGCGGUUGCAGGAGGACAUUGCAGGCGUUCAAGAUCCAGGUUCCAAAGUACGGAUAGGCAGUCUUGUGCACGGCUAUCUGUGGGCUCUGAGCAUGACUUUUGACUUUGAGACGUCUUCAGUGGGUCGCUCCAUACACAAUGAAAUCACGCGAAGAAGCAACAGAGGUCUAUGGGUAAAGACUAUCCGAGUCCCAGCUAUGCAUGUUGGUCUCAUUGAAACACCACACCCGUCUCAGAUGCAACUUCCUACCAACGCCGUGCAGAGCGAGGCUAUCGUUCCCUUUGACAACCGCGAAGCUCUUGUCGAUAAGAUCUCAGAAGGUUAUUCGUCUUCUUUGUACUCGCCACCUUCUUCACCACCCGGGUCCCCGGACCGUUCUGCAUCAGCAGUCUCGUCGAUCCCUGUGAUCCAUCAGCCUGCAAACCUCAAUUCCGCUCCUCAACUCUCCUACAAAGUCAGAGACGACCUUCUCGCUGACUGGACUCGAGAUAUCUGUCUCGUGGCCAACACCAAAGAUUCCUCGUCAGCGUCGAUGACGGGCUCAAAAUCGGGGACGCAAUACACACGAAACAACUUUCUCGGCGUAAACAUCCCGAAUGGCAACAUGGAAAGUGGAACCAACUCACCCGCGCUGGGAAGCCCCCGACGUUCACAAAGCAAGCCGCCAUCCAUUGCAUACGGACUUGUAGGUCCUUCGUAUCGCCAGCGCAGUCCCUCCAAUACAGCACGGAGCACCUCAUCCGCUCGCAGCACGGUACGCGUGGAUGACCUUAAACGCGCACUUUCUGGCGCCGGCAAUGCCCCGCGCACCUCGUACUCUCGUCGCGCGCCCUCACAACGACAGCGCGAGGACUCCUCUGCAAGCGAGUCUAUGGUCAGCGUGCACUCGCUAUCCGACUCAUCAUUCGUUACAACAGAUCCAAACUCACGUCACGGCUUCGCACCUGAGAGCCCGUCCACGCCUGCAGCAACACUCACGCCGCGCCCACAGACUGCAACGAGCAUGAACUUUCCAACGAAUUACACAGGCGAUGUGCCGCCUGUGCCGCCUAUUCCCGAGGCGCUGAGGGACCAGAGUGCGAGUCCAUCGGGCGUGAGCGAGAAGGAUUUCGCGAGGCCGAGGGCGGGUACCAACGGGACUAUGGGCACCAUGGGUGUUGGUUUUGCAUCUAGCAACGCGGCACAGACGAGGAGGAGUCGCAGUGUUAAGAGUGGGGUUAGUCGGAGUCGGGGCAGGAGUGAGCAUAGGGGAAGCGAGGGGCAGGAGAGGAAGCCGGAUUUCUCGGGGUUCUUGGAUAGUCUGGGCAUUGAUGACGAUGGUGAUGAUGAGGAUGGGAAUGAGGGUGAAACGGGGCAUGGCGUAGGGAGAGCGCCGUACUAGGAGUGUCUGUCUGGAGUGUGAUCGUUUGUAGAUGCUUGAGAUGAGUUGAUAUCUAUCGCCUUUGGGCAAUUUUUCGUUAUUCAUAGCAAUUAAAUUCACCUUCUU